AGCGCCAGGCUUGCGGGCAUUGCAACUCAGCCCGCUGCGCAAGUAGAGAGCAACAACACGGCCGUGGCAGCCGCACAGCACCACAGGAGCAGCGCAGAGCAGCGCUUGCAUCUGUGUGUCCAGCGCGCCGCCAGUGCAAGCCCCUCGCCGCCGUGAGAGCGAGGCUGCAAAAGCAGCGCCGCGGUACGCCAUCGCCGCCGCGAGCACCGCAGAACACGCAGAGGAGCGACCGCGACACCAUUAGUGUCGUCGCCCUCUGCACACAACAAUGGCCGAUGCCGAGCGGCUCGCGAAGCUCCGAGAGGACCUCGAGAAGGCCUGCAAGGCCCAGAAGUUCUCGAAAAUCCUCAAGAAGGCCAACGAAGUGCUGAACAUCGACGGCGAGGACGCCGACGCGAAGCGGUGCAAGGCCGUGGCUCUUGCGAAACUAGAUCGGUGCAAGGAGGGCCUCGAGUGCUGUGGGGAUGACGAAGCUUUACAGGACGUGAAGGCCUACUGCCAGUAUCGGCUAGGCGAUUUGGAGGGCGCUUUACAGGCUUCGGUCGAUAAUGAGGCCGUGGCACACGUGCGCGCCCAAACUCUGUACAAACAAGGCAACUACGCGGAGGCCGCUGAUAUAUAUGCCUCAUUAUUAUUUGAUGAGAGGGAAGACCAGCCGAAACGGUCGGCCGCGGACCGACGAGAGCUCGAAGCGAACUAUUACGCCGCGUGUGCCUUAGCGGGCAAGGGCCGCGAAGCUAUUUCAAGGCUCAAGCCGCCGGACGACCCGGAGCAGCACCACGAGUUGGCCUACAACCGGGGCUGCUGCGAGGCCCAGUGUGGGGCGACGGAAGCUACAGCAACUCUAGAAAAGGCCUUGUCGGGUGCCGAGCGCGCGGUCGAGGAAGACGGUGCCUCGCUCCAAGAGAAAACUGAUGAAACAGCUCAAUACGCCGCGCAAUUAGCUUACGCUCUCGAGCGGAGCGGUGACUCUGGACAAGCCGUGGAACGGGCCAAAACACUGUUAAAACAAAAGCCGUCCGACGCGGCGGUACGCUUCGCCGCGACCUGUACGCUCGUAGCGGCUCGACGGGACGAGACCGAUCUAUUUGAUUCGCACAAACGCCUGAAACCUUAUGCUGCUUCAAAUUUCAGUGAUCUAAGUGACAAACAUGCGGCUCUAGGAAGACUGCUGUGGGCCCGCACUCUAUUUGCCAUGGGCAAAACCCAGGACGCCCUAGCAGCGCUGGAGACGCCCUUCACCAGUCCAGAAGACCAGUGCGACGCCGAACUGCUCAUCGCGGUCCACGCGCAGCCCGAGAAGCAGCAGAAGAAGAAGAAGGCGAAGGGUCAUGGUCUGCGUGGAAAGCGACCACUGAGGACCUCGUGAGCCUUCACGCCAUCGAGCAGACGAACGCACCAUGAAAUUUUGAUUUCCACACAGGUGAGGACGACACGUCUCCCGAAGCCCUGGCCAAGAAACGCAUCGCCGACGCCGAGGCCCUCAUCCCGGCCAUCGAGCAGGCCUUGGAGUCGGUGAAGACGAAGAAUGUUGAUGAUUAUAAGUUAAGGUUCAUCCUCGCGCAAGCGCACCACGACUGCGGCCGCGACGCGGAAGCGGCCCAAGCUUUAUCUGAAUCUUCAUUAGCCGACAGGCCCGGCGUCGUCGCGACGCGAGCCGAACUCCUGAACAAAGCCGGUAAAAAGAAUGAAGCCGUGGCGUUACUGAGAACCGUACGGGUGCAGCCCGACGAUAAUGCCCUGAGGGUCGCUGCCCAAAGGUUGAAAUUUGAUGAUAUCGAGGGCUGCAAGGAAGCGAUAGCCAUCUACCCCGGCAAUGAACCGGAAGACAUCGCCAAGAAAGCGGUCCUGGCAGCUUUUUACGACGCCGACGAAGCCGAAGAAUUGGUCAAUCAGCUGCCCCAGGACCUAGUCCCGCAGGUGGAUGAGGACAUGACCCAGGAAGACGUCGACAAGUUACUCGAAGCGGGCGUCCCGAAGGCCUGGCGCACGUCGCGACGAGAGAACUUGAAUCUUGUUGUGCAAGCGAAGACGCCCGAAGAACUGGCAGAGGCCAAGGCCAAGAAACGGGCGGCUGUUUUGAAGCGGCGGAAGAAGCGCCGCGAGGCCUACCUGGCGAAACUGCAAUCGGAGGGCAAGUACGACCCGAAGAACCCGAAGCCGCCCGAUCCGGAGCGCUGGAUCGCGAAAAAACAACGGUCCUACAACAAGCGCGGCCGCAAAAACAAGGGCAAGUUCACGGGGGCCCAGGGCGGCGACAUCAGCAGCAAGGACGCCCAGAAGCUCGACGCGAAGUCUAGGGCCGACGAGCGCAAGGCCAAGGACGAGAAGGCCAAGGCCGAGCGCGACGCGGCCAUCGCGGCCGGGCUGUCCGGGAAGAAGAAGCGGACGGGGAACCGCAAGCGGCGGGGGAACUAGGGCGUUAUAAGAACGUCUUACGCGCCUCGCGAGCGGGAGCCAUAAGGGGCCCUAGGACAGUGUUGGCUGUGGGGGGACCGCUGGCGAGGCGUGUUUCCUGGUCUGCGGAGCCCUUCACGACUAGCCUGAGGGGCAUCCAAAUCCAAUCCAAUCAAGAAAGCUACCAGCUAUCAGUCGUCCAGUG